GACAUAUCGGACACACUAACGUCUGCAUUUUUGUACGUUUUUGACAAGUGUAUUAAUUAUUGAUUAUUCGAGAAAGUGUCACAAUCUUACAAAGUAACUAAUUUGUGGUAGCUUACGUGUGACAUGUGUUAAAAGUGACCUGACAAAUGUUAAAAACUGAUGUCUGUGUAGUUCUUUUCUUGCGAGUAAACCGGAACAAAGUUAGGUUAGGUUAAUCGAGUGUGUGUUUCAGUAUAAUUGUACAAAUACACGAUGGAGAAUCAAAAUGCACAGUCUGUCAAGAGUAAUAAUCCUGCCCCGACGGUGGAACAGAUUAACGCGGACAAGAUCACUCAGCUCGCAAAUAAAUACUGGGCACCUCACACUACAAAUACACACCUAGCCUUCAGUUCUCAUAUAGUGGAAGAUAUUUAUGUACAAGAAAUAUGCACAUCCAAGUUCUCUAUUCGGAGGAUUAUGAUGUUGGAGUUUAGCCAGUACCUGGAGAACUUUCUGUGGCCUAAUUAUGACGCGGAGAAAGCUACACGAGCGCACACCAUGUCCAUUGUUGUCAUGGUAAAUGAAAAAUUCAGGGAACGAGUACAAGUAUGGGAAGCAUUUGAAAAGAAUCCGACACACUUUGCUGGAUUCUUCCAAAAUGUUCUGGAAGCAUGCUUAGAAGAGAGUAUAGCAGACUUUGACUUGAAGGAGCAGACAGCAUUGAUAGUGUUUCUGAAUCAUUGUUUUAACUCGAUGGAAGUAUCAUUGGUUAGAGAGGAAGUGAAGAGAUUGGUGUCACUCUCUAUGUGGAUUUCCUUGCAACAAGGCAGAAGGGAACUAGAGUUUAGGAAAUAUCCAAAAUGGAGAAAGUAUUGGAAAAUUAUAAGAAAAAAAGAUAAUCUGGAACAUAAGGAAAAACUUGAAUGGGAACGCAGAUUCUUGCAUAAACUGAUGAUAAAGUUUAUGACGAUAUUGGAAACAAUUCCUGCAGAAGGAUUUGUGAUAGCGGACAAAGUGCGCUAUUGCGAAAGAUUCCUGGAGCUGAUUAUCGACCUGGAGGCCUUGCUUCCUACUAGACGUUUCUUCAACACCGUUAUGGAUGACAAUCAUCUAGUGGUGCGUUGUCAGCUGUCCAAUCUGCUACAUCGUCCAGAGGGUAGCCUGUUUGGCCAGCUCCUGGAGAUGCUGAAAUUCUACGCCCGAUUCGAAAUCAGCGAGGAGACCGGCAAUCCCUUGACGGAUCACGACAUGACGCAGUUGCACUACGCUAAAAUUACGUCUCUUCAGAAUGCGGUCUUCGCCAAAUUCCCGGAUCUGCGGAGCUUCGCGUUGGCCAACGUGGCCAGCGUCGACGUCAGGGACGCUCUUUACAAGCAUUUCGGCUCGCUCAGCCAAGAAAAAUUGAGAGCUAUCGCGAGUUAUUUAAAUUUAGUGCCACCGGAGGAGCGUGAGAAGGACGAGAAUUGGUACCGCUUGGACAUAGACUUUCUGCGCGAACUGCUGAUAUCGCGGCACGAGCGUAGGCCGUCGCAGCUCGAGGAGCUGAAUGAGAUGCCGCUUUAUCCGACCGAGGACAUCAUCUGGAACGAGAGCGUCGUCCCGACCGAGUAUUUCUCCGGCGAGGACUGCCUGGCUCUGCCGAAAUUGAACCUUCAGUUCCUCACGUUGCACGAUUACCUGCUGCGGAACUUUAAUCUGUUUCGUUUGGAGUCUACGUAUGAGAUACGACAGGAUAUCGAGGAUGCCGUAAGCAGACUGAGUCCUUGGCGAGCCGAGGACGGCGGUGUUUACUUCGGCGGAUGGGCCAGAAUGGCUCAGCCGAUCACGCAAUUCGCGGUGGUCGAGGUGGCUAAACCCAACGUGGGCGAGAACAAGCCGUCCAGGGUGCGCGCUGAUAUCACGAUCAACCUCAGCGUUCGCAAGGAGAUUAAGACCGAGUGGGAGAAUCUCCGUAAGCACGACGUGUGCUUCCUCAUCACGGUCAAGCCUCCGAAUCCGAUCGGCACCAAGUACAGUCACAAGCUCCCCUUCGUGCCCCAAGUGGGUCUGACCACGGUCCGCGGCUGCGAGGUCGAGGGUAUGCUCGACUCGAACGGCAGAGUGAUAGAGGACGGCCCGGAGCCGAGGCCCAUUUUGCCGGGUGACUCCCGGACCUACAGAGUGUGGCUGGACUGCAAUCAGUAUCGGAUAGACAUGGACAACGCCAGCCACGGCGGCGAGGACGUGUACGAGGGAUUCAAUAUUAUAAUGAGACGUAAGCCCAAAGAGAAUAACUUCAAAGCGGUUUUAGAGACUAUCAGGGAGCUCAUGAACACCGAAUGCGUCGUCCCGGACUGGUUGCACGACAUAAUCCUCGGAUACGGCGAUCCCGGUGCGGCCUGCUACUCGAGAAUGCCGGACGAGAUCGCGACGAUGGAUUUCAACGAUACGUUCCUCGAUAUAGACCACCUGCGAGCAAGUUUCCCCCCAUACGAGAUCGUAACGGAUCCUGAGGACGAGAAGAAUCUCAUGCGGCCAUUCCAGUUGAUUUUCAAGGAUGUCCUGGCGAAGCGUAACAAGGAGCCCGCGAAGAAGAUCAUCGGGGUCAAACCGCAUGUGCCGCCCAGCCGCGGCCCGUACAGAGCGAACGAGCCGAAGAAGAAUCAAAUCCCCUUUACGCCGACGCAGGUCGAAGCUAUUCGAGCUGGGAUGCAACCAGGUCUGACGUUGGUGGUGGGUCCGCCCGGUACCGGCAAAACGGACGUCGCCGUGCAGAUUAUCUCGAAUUUGUAUCACAAUUUUCCGAAUCAGCGGACCUUGAUCGUCACGCACUCCAAUCAGGCGCUCAACCAGCUGUUCGAGAAGAUCAUGGCGCUCGAUAUCGACGAGAGACAUCUUCUGCGUCUCGGUCACGGUGAGGAAGCCCUAGAGACCGAAAAGGACUUCAGUCGAUACGGUAGGGUCAACUAUGUCCUUGCCAAGCGUUUGGAUCUACUUCUGGAGGUCCAACGGUUACAGGAAUCGCUGAAUGUGAAAGGCGACGUCGCGUAUACCUGCGAGACGGCGGGAUAUUUCUUCAUGUAUCAGAUAUCGACGAGGUGGGAUCGCUUCGAGGCCAAGAUCAAGCAGCGACAGAGCACCAGCGGAAAGUCCGACCUGGCCGCCAUAAUCGACGAGGAAUUUCCGUUCCACAAGUUUUUCGACAACGCACCGCAGCCGCUCUUCAAGCGUAAUACAUACGAGGAAGAUCUCAAGAUCGCGUGCAGCUGUUAUCGGUAUAUCGAGAGGAUAUUCGCGCAACUGGAGGAGUUCCGUGCGUUCGAAUUACUGAGAUCCGGCCUAGACAGAUCCAAGUAUCUGCUCGUCAAGGAGGCAAAGGUGAUCGCAAUGACUUGCACGCACGCAGCGCUUAAGAGACGCGAGCUCGUCGACAUGGGCUUCAAGUACGACAACAUCCUCAUGGAGGAGUCCGCGCAAAUCUUGGAGAUCGAGACCUUCAUACCGUUGCUGUUGCAAAAUCCCCAAGACGGUUACAAUCGCCUGAAGCGAUGGAUCAUGAUAGGUGACCACCAUCAGCUGCCGCCCGUCAUCAAGAACAUGGCUUUCCAGAAAUACUCGAACAUGGAGCAAUCGUUGUUCGCGCGUUUCGUGCGACUAGGUGUCCCCACGGUCGACCUGGACGGCCAGGGUCGUGCCAGGCCCAGCAUCUGCAAUCUCUACAACUGGCGUUACAAGAAAUUGGGCAAUCUGGCGCACGUGGAGCGCAGCCCAGAGUACCUGGUGGCGAACGCCGGCUUUCUGUACGACUUUCAGCUGGUCAAUGUCGAGGACUUCAACGGCGUCGGUGAGAGCGAGCCGAGCGCCUAUUUCUAUCAGAAUCUCGCCGAGGCGGAGUACUGCGUUGCGGUGUUCAUGUACAUGCGUUUGCUGGGCUACCCUGCCGAUAAGAUCAGCAUAUUAACCACCUACAACGGCCAGAAGCACCUCAUAAGGGACGUGAUCAACAUCCGAUGCGCGAACAAUCCACUGAUAGGCCGGCCGAACAAAGUCACCACCGUCGACAAGUAUCAAGGUCAACAGAACGACUACAUCCUGUUGUCCCUGGUGAAAACGCGCGCCGUCGGUCACCUGAGGGACGCGAGGCGUCUGGUGGUGGCGAUGUCGCGCGCCCGCCUCGGCCUCUACGUCUUCGCCCGCGUGUCCCUCUUCAAGAACUGCUUCGAACUGACGCCGGCGUUCGAUCAGCUGAUGCAGCGGCCGUUGAAACUGCAGCUGCUGCCGCAGGAGGUUUAUCCUACCGAGCGACCGAACGAUGCGGCGCCUUCGACCGCUCCCAUGGAGAUCGAGGAUAUGCCGCACAUGGCUAAGUUCGUCUACGAUUAUUACAUGGAGAAGGUCAGCGGUAUGAAGGAGUCGCAAAAGAUGUGGCAGAAGCCGGGAACCAUGCAGACCACAAGUAACCGGGCGCACAAGAUCCCUGCUCACCCCGGUGCCGAUGACGACACUGACGACGACGACGACGACGACAACAAUAACAACGAAGAGGUAGUAGUAGAAGAAGAAGAAGAAGAAGAACAAGAACAACAAAGUAAGGCCGAGACGAAAGAGUCCACGGAGGAAAAGACAGAGACCAAGUACGAACCAAUUAAAAAUUUAGUCGAAGAUCUUCCGAGUGAGACCGAGGACGACGGUUGAGCGGGCCCACGUCGCAAUAUUACUUAUCUAUGCGCGCAAAGACUGACACUGUGCUCGAACACGCAUCGGUAGCGAAAGUGGAACAACCAAUUCCGCUAUUUGAAGGCGAAAGAGAUGUUCGAGCGUUCAUGAUCAUCAGAAGCUACCUCUUCCAUCAGCAUCAUUCGAUCGCUCGCACUUACUAAGAAUAUACGUUUUAUUAUAAUGCGAAUCAUCGUUUCACUGUACAAUAGUAGACUCUCCGUACGUGCGUGUACGAGUUAAAAUAAAGUAUGGUUUUUGCAAAUG